AUGCGUCCUUCUACACUUCUGGCUUUCCUCCCCCUGGCCAUGGCUGCCCCUUCUCCCGCUCCCCUCAAGCGCGACAGCCCUGCUCCUCUUAUCGCCCCCCGCGGCAACAAAGGUGUACCCAACAGGUUCAUCGUCCGGAUGGUGGAUGGCAUCAAAGAAAGUUCCAUGUCUUCCUCCAUGAAGUCCCUCAAGACGUCAUCACACUUCAAGUACUCCAAGAGCUUCAACGGAUUCGCUGCCACCUUGGACGAAGAUCAGCUUGCAGCCAUCCGAGAGAACCCCAAUGUCGAAUACGUCGAACAGGAGCAAGUCAUGCAAAUCUACGAGACCCAGCAGGAUGCCACAUGGGGCAUUUCCCGACUUUCCUCCCAGACACCAGGUGCUACCACCUACAGCUACGACGCGGCCGCCGGCGAAGGCACAUGCGCAUACGUCCUUGACACUGGUAUCGAUGUCGCCCACCCCGAGUUCGAGGGCCGGGCCACUUGGGCCGCCAACUUCGCUUCCGGUAACAGCACUCGUGAUGUCCAGGGCCACGGCACCCACUGCGCCGGUACCAUUGGUUCCAAGACCUACGGAGUGGCCAAGAAGACCAAGCUCUUUGCCGUCAAGGUGCUCGGCGAUGAUGGCUCCGGCACUACCUCUGGGGUGGUCGCUGGAAUGGAAUGGGUUGUCAAGAAUGCCGACAAGUCAAAGUGCCCCAAUGGCAUCGUCAUCAACAUGUCGCUUGGCGGUGGCUACUCUCGUGCUCUCAACGAUGCCGCCGCCGCUAUUGUUGACUCUGGAUUCUUCCUUGCCGUAGCUGCUGGCAACUCCGCCGUCGAUGCUAGCACGAACUCUCCUGCUUCCGAACCCAAGGCUUGCACCGUCGGUGCCUCAGACUCCUCGGACAAGAUCGCCUACUUCUCCAACUUUGGCAAGCUCGUCGACAUCUUCGCUCCCGGCGUCAAGAUCCAGUCCACAUUCCCCGGUGGGAGGACCAAGGUCAUGAAUGGGACUUCCAUGGCCUCUCCCCAUGUCGCUGGCCUCGGUGCCUACCUCCUCAGCGUUGGCCAGAAGGCUGACGGCCUCUGUGACUACAUCGCCAAGACUGGUCUCAAGAAUGCUAUUUCUGGUGUCCCCAAUGGCACCGUUAGCACUCUUGCUAACAAUGGCUUCUCCGCCUAG